AUGGCCUCUUUGUCUCCGAGGGUAUCUCCAGCCAAACACUCCCUGGACACGACCAAUGAAGAAGCGGACGAUGAGAACCGUCGGAAAGAUCCUAAGUCACAUGAAACUUCCAUCUGGCAACAACCAGCCUCUGUCUCUCAUGAGGUCUCGGAUUCACAAGUCGAUUAUCGCGCCUCGCCUGAAAUCGAAAUCGAGGGUCAAUAUUUUGACUCUACCUCAGGAUUGAACUUUCUACACCGAGCGUGGAAAAAGCUGUUCCAGAAGGAAGGGUCCGCAUCCUAUGAUUCAAAUGACGCGGAGCGAAAUCAACUCCUCGCAUCGGCCGGAGACCGACCUUUUCACGUCGUAAAUAGCGCGUUAGACGACUUCAUUCCAGAUACUCCAACGGCGAGAAAGCUGCUGCAGUUCUAUUUCGAGACGUGCGUUGUAACAUACCGCAUGUUCCAUCGACAGACUGUUGAAGGCUGGAUGGAGGUGUUCUUGAAGGAUUGCCAAGAACGACGGCCCAUUGCUCGGUCGGUUGGUAAUUCCAGAACUGCGAUUCUCCUUACCAUUAUGGCCAUCGCGACCCUGCGCCUCGAAAGGGUAAGGGUGAACGGGGAAAUGUCAAAAGAGGAUGAGUCACUUGUUUUGCAAAGAAGUGAUCAGUUGUUUUGCGCUGGUAUGAGAUUGACCGAUGCGGAGAUGGGUUUCCCGCGUCUUGAAUCAGCACAGGCACGACUGAUUCAAGUUCUCUAUCUUCUUCAGACAUCUCGCAUGAACAAAGGCUGGUAUACAUUCGGGAAUGCAUUCCAUAUUACUCUUUCGCUGGGCAUGCAUAGGAGACGGGAUGAGAAGCGAGAUUUCCCUUUUACGAGCAGGCGACAAAAUUACAUCACUUCAGAGUGCUAUAAGCGCACCUUUUGGGCGGCGUAUAUCAUUGACAGAUAUCUAAGUGUUGUAUUUGGCCGGCCUCGACUUUACCAAGAUGAUGACAUCGAUCAGGAUUUUCCAGAUAAUGUAAAUGAUGAGGACAUGACACCACAGGGACCUUCUAUAUCAGAUGACCCGGCCGACUGUUAUAUCGAUGCUCUCAUAUUUCAUGCCAAAAUUGCACGAAUAAUUGGGAAGGUGUCACGAGAAGUAUACUCAGUCAGCGACCUGUCCAACCAAGAUCGCUUAGCAGCUGCCCAUCGGUUGGGCCGCGAAUUGCACGAAUGGCGUGCAAGCCUGCCACCACACUUGGGGACUGUGAAACCAUCAACAUUGAUGCCCAGUUUCCGCCGCCAGGCUAUUGCCUUGCAGCUCGCAUAUUCCCAUGCCCUCAUACACGCCAAUCGACCCUUCCUUUUGAGUGAGGCAGCAUCAGAGAAUGUCACCGAAUGCAUCUUUGCCACUAAAGCAAGUUUCGAAAUUAUAAACAGAAUGGCGGGAGAUAUGGUUUAUGUUUGGGAGAUUCAACGAGCGACACGAUCCACUGAUGAAAUUGACGAUCAGUCUCUUGGCAAGAUCUUUGAUCUCGCAGAGAAAUGCCGUGGUCAUCUCAAGCGAGCGUCCACUGGUCUAUCGCAAAAUCAACGAUACAGUGUCAUACUAGACGAAUUGAGAUCUGAGGCACAAAGAUGUCGAUUUAUGACUGAAAAUCCGCCGAAUCCACGCCAAGGUGGUCUUCAUGGCGGCGAAGCCAGCACCAAUGCAGAUAUUGGCUUUCCAUUCUUGCAGAAUUCGGAUAUGUUCGGGUCUGAUCCAGAAGCUAUGCUUCACGGUGGCAUCAUUCCAAAUAUGCCGGACAGCUUUCUGUUCAGUGAUUGGCAGACUCUUGACUCAUCGGAAUCUCUGCUUGACUGGGAAUCUAUAAGAUGGUCUCAAAUCCUGCUGUCGAUAUCACUCUCAUCUCUUAUUUCAUCUAAAUCCUUCAACAUGACGGACAAAGACGCUGCAGUCAUGCACCUGGAGCACCAACCGGGCCAGGGAAUAAAUGCCGACGAUGCAGAAUUCCUGUUGAACUUUUCAAAUGAAGCUAAGAAGCAAGUUCUCAGAAAAGUUGAUAUGAGGCUUGUCCCCAUGUUUGUUCUCUUGUACUUGAUGGCAUAUAUCGACAAGACAAACAUUGGAAAUGCAAAGAUCGAGGGCCUUCUUCCAAGUCUACACAUGGAUGGAAUACAGUACAACAUUGCCUUGUCCAUUUUUUUCGUACCUUAUGUCCUUGCUGGUGCCGAGCAAUAUAAUCUUGAACCGACUCAAGAGACCGUCGCGCUAUUUGGGAUUUCUGAUCUUCAGCUGGGAGCAGGCUUUCUUCCCGGCGCCGUGCUUGUGAUUUCGAAAUGGUAUCUUCCGAAUGAGACACAGACCCGCAUCGCUAUUCUUUACACAUCUGCGGCUUCUGGGGGCGCCUUCUCAGGUCUUCUGGCAUUUGCGAUCGCCAAAAUGGAUGGUAUGGCCGGCUACGAAGGCUGGCGCUGGAUAUUCAUCAUAGAGGGCGCUGCAACCAUUGCCAUGGCCGUCGCUUGCUAUUUGCUCCUUCUAGACUCACCAUCGUUAUCUCCAGGCUGGCUUACUCCAGACGAGAUUCGAUUCCUUGAAGUACGUCAAAUAGCCUCUAACAGCCACGGUGGUCACCACGAGGGCUUCAACAAACGGAUCAUCUUCAGCGUCCUAGGCGAUUGGAAAAUGUACCUUCUCAUCCUCGCCAACUGGUCCAAUGCCGUACCCAACUAUGCACUCAAGUUCAGCAUGCCUGAUAUUAUCCAGUCCAUGGGGUACAAAUCAGCCAACGCCCAGCUCCUGACCAUCCCUCCGUACACCGUCGGUGCUUUGUCGGCUUACGGGUUCUCAGUGUUCGCUGAUCGCUUCUCGUGGAGAAUGCCUUUCAUCGUGGCACCCCAGUUGUCACUCAUCGUUGCAUUCGCAAUAUUAUUCUCCAAGGCUGCUGACAUCGAGAAUAACAUAGCACUCUGCUAUUUUGGCAUUUGUCUCGCCUGCUUCGGGAUGUAUCCUAUUCUUCCCGGUGUCAACGCUUGGAAUGUCUGCAACAUUCCAAAUCCUCAUAAGCGCGCCGUGGCCAUUGGUUACCUCAUUUGUGUUGGUAAUGCAGGUGGAAUUAUUGGGAGUUACAUCUACAAAGCUGAUGAGAAGCCGCGAUACCCCACUGGCUAUGGCACUUCACUUGCGUUCGCUGCUGCCGGGAUUAUGGCUUGUUUAACAUUGGAAUUCUGCCUCUGGAGCUCGAACAAAACGAACGAUCGGAUGUCUACUUCUGAGAUUGAGGAGAGGUAUACUCAAGAUCAGCUCCGUAAUAUGGAGGAGAAGAGUCCUCUCUUUAAGUAUACCUUAUGA